CUCAAGCCCGCUGCUGAUAGGAAACGUUACGAGGAAGAAGUAGCUCGACCUGAGCCACGCCGAAGUAGAUAUCUGUUCCGCCAUCCUUAUUCCAGACUCAUCACUGCUUACCUGGUUGUUUUCUGUAACUUCCUUAUCUUCGCUGAGGACCCAGUCUCCCACAGUUACCGUGAGUGCGUCAUUGACGUAAUCGGAGAAAUAUACACCUUCGUAUUCAUAAGGUAAAGGAUUACGGUGGAGUUUUAAUGAGUUUCAAGUUCAAAAACCUCUCUUAGUGAUUUCUUUGUUAAAUUAGUCAACAAACUCGGAAAAAAAUUCUGAUAAAAGAAAACUUGUGGAAAAAUAAAAAAGGCUUAGAUAGCUGAGUCGGCCGGUUGUCGAAGUAUUUAGUCAAGAUUUUUAUGAAACGAAAUUUAUCAGAUUUAAUAAAGAAAUGCCAAUUUAUGGGAGUCCGUUAGGUCACCUAUCCAUGUUGAGUAAAUUACAAGGUUUUACUGCAACCUGUUAUCCCGAACAUAGAGUGGUUCUUGUGUUUUUUAAAUGAAGGCCUUUCUACAAAUCUCCAGGUGGCCUCGCGGUUAUUUUUCACUGAUUAAGUUCAGCUGUUGGAUGUUCGCUGUUGUUCUUGGCAUGUGCGUCGGUAAAUGGAUCGUUCAUGGAUGGUUAUUCUGUAAAAAACUUAAGUUGAAGAUGUUUACUGAAGAUGGACAAGGUUCGUGGAUGGUGAUGUUUCUCACUUCGCUUCUGUCGUUGUUCAUCUUUAGCUUCGCCUACAAUGGUUUCUUAAUGUUGGAAGGUAAGUCCUAGAACUUCCCGGGUUGAGAUUUUGAUAUCUGUGCUAGAAAUACGUUACACUUAAAAUUUUCACACAUGACGUGUUUUUGAGUCUACCUGCGGCAAAAAAUCACGCCAAUUUCAGUAUGCUCUCACCCGCUGUGAAAGAGGAUAUAUGAAAUAAAAACAUUAACAGCAACAACCACUUAGCAUCUUUUUGAAUUUUUGGCAAUUUUUGAGCAACUUUCCAGCAUUUUACGAGCGCAAUCGGGACAGGCCCACCCACAUCACUCGUUCCUAUGCUUUGCAUAACUGCGAGUGAAAAAGGAACCAGCCAAGAGAGGAGAAAUGAUAUGCAAAGAACCAAGACCUUUAUUAACUAUGCAUAUACCACUGCUGACAUGAUUUUUCUUGGAAGGUAAAUACAUGGAUAAGAUGCAUGCGAGUAAUCGGAUGGGGAUGGAAAACCAAACGUUCAUGAAGGUGGCCGCCAUUGGUACAUGGCUUGGAGAUUUUAUAACAGCUUGGAUGGUUACAGAUAUGAUGUUACAGGUAAGUAAACAAAACGGCUAACCGGGGAAAUCGACGAAAAUUGAUAGGUAUUUGAGACCAUACCAUAAACGCAACCAGUAGUAAACGUUUUCGAUCAGCCACUUGAGAGCAUCUCUCAUUUCUCCCCAGAAAUCCUCCGCUUUUAGAUUCAAAAUGGCGGCCAUACAUUUUACGAUGGAAUAAGUCUGCGCUGCAAGCCAAUUUUGAUUCCACAAGGCGUAAUUAUGGUAUACGAGUCACCGAGGACGAGAUGGCUCCAUUAUUUUAAUAUUCUUUGCUUUUUGUUUUUUUGCUUUUUUUUCUUUUGUUUGUUUUUUGUUUUAAAUAUUCACAUUUUCAAUACAGUAUAUCGACAAAAUACUGUCCACAUUAUUUCCAUUGUAGGGAGCACAAUACGUACACUGGGCACCAGGUCUCCGCCGCUUUUGGAAGACAGGAUUAAACCGGGUGUAUGCCUUUUGGUUCGUUUUUGUUGCCAUGACAAUAGUGGUAAGCACGGCGAUCUCCACAGACUAUGUAAACUGGGACAGAUUAAACAGAGACUUUGUAGCGUCCAACGAGUUAGCCAGGGCGUUUUUGGCUUCGUUUAUUCUUGUUAUGGAUUUGAUGAUUGUCAUGCAGGUAAGAAGUACGUUAGAAUUUAUGAUAUUUUUAGAGAGUCUCAAAGGAGUUAACCGUUAACCCUAAAACGGCAAAAAAAUGUAGCCUUUGGGUUUUAAAAUUGAUAAUUUUAACCGUUAGUCGUUAAAAAAAGUGAACUGUAAAAUUUUUUCUUUCAAGCGUAACGGAAAGAAAUUAACCGUUAGCCGUAAAAUGGCCAACAUUUUAACCGUAAGCUGUAAAAGCAAUCAUCCCAUUGAGAUUCUCCUUUUCAGGAUGUUAUUAUUUCUAUUUCCGAAUUAAUUGAUCUUUUUUUCAUAUUUUGAAGGACUGGGAGUUUCCCCACUUCGCUGGCUCGCUUGAUAUAAAGCUCCCAGGAGUGAAUUCAGACGCCUUCGAUGUUCGACUUCCCUCGUGCUGCGGAGGAAAACCGAUUGAUAUUUAUAUUACAGGAAAAUGGUUUAACUAUGGUAUCAUCUUCAUCGUCAUGAUCUUGGACCUCAACAUGUGGAAAAACCAGAUCUUUUACGAACCUUUCGCAUAUGGCCAAUACACAGAUCCAGAAGGGUACAUUUACACUGUGUCUGACAGACAGUUUCUCAGGUGGGGGAACAGAUCUCUGCUGUCCUAUGAAUAUCGUUGGAAUCACAUCAACCCCAAAACUAACAUAACUUAUGGACUCGAAGAUCUGCGAAUGAAUGCCAAAUAUAAAGGAUAUUCUUUGACAUUGAAGGGGAUCGCAUUCGUGCCUUCGAUUUUUGCAUUUUGUGUCUUUGGUUAUUUGCUUUAUCUCUUCGGCUUAGAAGAGAACCCCGAUGAGGUGUUAGUGAGUAGGUAUCGACAGGAUGUCAGACGGCAGAGGCAAAUAAGACGGUUGAGAAAGAGGAGCAGAAAGGAAGCAAGGAUAUCGAUGGACAGAGAGGAGACUGGGAAAUACAGAGGUGAUUUGGUGAGUGCAUGUCCCCCUCGUGGUAUAACUUUCCAUUGUACGCACAUAUGCAUAUUCGAAGCAGAAUGUCGGAAAACCAAGUAAUGACGAGAACGAGUCACGAGCUUUGCAAUCCUCAUCGAGGGGUGGAAUUUCUAAGUGAUCGGACUCUCAAGAGGUUUUUUAAAAGAUCCGACGUUGAAAUCGAUUCUGGCAAAGGCUCGAGUCUUCGUGGGAGUGGGGUAGGGGGUACAGGUUAUUCUCAUUUCAUUUCAUUUCGUAACGCAUAUUUAGCAGCUCUCGUCUCUCAGUAGACUUCGUGGCUAAAAAUGAGGUUAGUUUAGAUAGACUGGUCAGUUAUCACAUUUACAAAUGAAUGAAGGGGUUAGUUUCUAAAGAAAAUAUGGUGCUGCGUAGAUGAGAGAGUAUAACAAGAUCAGAGCGAAAGUUUAAGGCUCUAAUGAAGGGCUAGCGCUUGAAACGUCAGCUUUAAAAACUCUUUACGGCGGCCAAUUUACCUUAUCAACGCAGUUGAUAAUACUCAGUUACCCUGUUAUCACAUUUGCAAGCACACUCUGGAUACACGAAGGGUAAUUAUAACGCAGUUUUCGUUAUCUCUGCACAGCCCAAUCCAUUUACAAUAAAUAACUCCCGAAGCUUUAACAGUCUUCCACCUUCUCCGGCCGUACAAAGAAGCCGACAAGAGGAAGUUUUAGACAUGAGCCUUUUCGACCACGACGAAUCGUCCAAUGAGAACGAAGAGACUCUCGACCAAUCAGAGGAAAAGAAACCAGAAGUGAAGAAGAACUUCACAUAUUUCUUUCGGCAUCCAUACUCUCGCAUUGCUACUUCAUACUUAGUGGUAUUUUGUAACUUCCUAAUCUUUGCUGAGGACCCAGUCUCUCAUAGUUACACGGACUGUAUCAUUGACAUUAUUGGCAAUAUGUACGGGUUUGUAUUUUCAAGGUAGGUCAUUACUAUUUUCCUUUAUUCAGUCUGGGAAAGUAUGGUCAAGCUUUUGAUUUCUUCGAAGGGAACUUCAGUUUCUUGCGUCAAAGUCUCACCUCUCUCUAAAGGGUAUACAGUGCACACAUUCUAGCGCAGUGAAUUAGUUAGAAGUAAAAACACUAUCUCUCCCCUCGCCCUUUGAAGUACCUUGAACGGAACGAAAACCAAACUGAGCUGAGGAAAAAGCUGCCGAGACACGCAACUUAAAGCUCUCCCUCCCCCUGUUAGUACCGAUGAUAGGCAAAUAAAAUAGACACCACCGAUAUUAGCUCAUUGUUCCUUUGUUUGCAGGUAUCCCCCUGAUCUGGGAUUCGUUGCUCUUAAAGUCUUCAUGUAUUUAUUCGCCGCAGGACUGGGCAUAUUCGUAGGCAAAUACUUCAUUCACAAAUUCCUCCUUUGUCGUGUUCUCAAGCUGCGCAUGUUCACUGAGGAGGGCCAAGGAUCUUGGAUGGUAAUGUUUCUCACCGUACUGAUGUUUCUGUUUAUCGUAAGCUUCAUAUACAACGAGUUUUUGCUUCUGGGCGGAGCACACUUCGCACCUUAUGUCUGCAGUAAUAACUUGGGAAUCGAGAACCAGACGUUUAUGAAAAUGGCUGCUAUUGGCACGUGGCUUGGUGACUUCAUCACCGCCUGGAUGGUUACAGACAUGCUGUUACAGGUAAAGACGCUGCGAGGGGCUGUAUUGUUUCUAAAAGUAUGUUCUAUGUUUUAAGAGGUGAACGCGAUGUUGAGACUCCGAAAUAAAGGUGCUGCGAUUCAUACUCUUCGUUCACAGAACACUUAAAGACGAGAGGAUGAUGUCCAAGUUUUAUUUGCCUUUUUUUUCCUCCUUUUCCUUGUUGUUUUGUUUUGUUUUGUUUGUUUGUUGUUUUUUUCUAUAAAUGCUCCUCAGUCUCACUUUUCAUCUUAAGAUGACUCAUUUGAGGGGUGUUUUGAGGUAAACCGUAGUUUUUACUUCCACUUAAACGAUUUCCCAAGAAUUUUAACGCGUGUGAGGGUGGUGUGGAUUUAAUAACCUGAUGAUUCAGGAUUUUUAAUUUCUUAGUACCUUAGUUAGUCGCUAAUUGCACAUGAAGUGAAAAAAAAUCCAAAAGAUGAUACAAAAAUUAUGAAUUUUAACCUAGCUCUUACAAUACAGACUUACAUUUGGCGAGAAAACGCACAGUAGUAUAUCUUCAGAAGUUUGGCCGCCACUUUUUCCCCUAUCACGUGAGUGGACGAUAGGCGAAAGGUAACUGAAACAAAUAUUGAGGCAACUGCUUCCUGAAUAAUAUGAGACGGCUUGGUGAACGUUUACGAGCUUGUAACGGUACGUUUCUAUCCCUCCUAAGGAACCUACACUGCAGAAUGGCUUUAACCGAAAAUACUUUCCUCGUUCACAGGAAGAACAGUACCCAAACUGGAGUCCACGCCUCAGAGCGUUUUGGAGACGCGGUCGUAACAGAGUGUAUGCGUUCUGGUUUAUUGCGUGCGGCAUGAGUGUCGUGGUAGCCACUGCCAUCACAACUGACUAUGUCAAUUGGGAUGAAAUAAGCAGAGAUUUUAUGCCGACUAAUGAGCUCUCCAGAGCCUUUUUGGCCUCCUUUAUCCUUGUCAUGGAUCUCAUGAUUGUUAUGCAGGUACCAUUCACGAUAUCUAACAAUGAAGCAAGUUCUGACGCAAAUUUCCGCUGAUUAUUGUAAUCACACAAUCCUUCGCAGCGGUUGUUUGGUCUCUUCACACAACGCGCUCUCUCCUCUCAAUAACGGUGGUUGUGUAGAGAACGCGUUAAGUAACGAGACUAACUAACGUGUGCGAAGGAGACCACAUGCUUUUAAGCAUUAGGUAUCUUUCUGUAAUUUUCUGACAUUAUCCCCCAGAUUUUAACGAUCCAAGACCUGCUUGAUCGAUUUGAAUUGCUUAGCAAACCUGGGCACAAUCGGCCGGAAGAGUUUCAAAAUUUCUUGACCAUUGCACGAAAGACAGAAGUGCGUCAUGUAAUUGCAUGUGAAUGAAUUUGCCAUUCAUUUUCCUCUCCAUCUCUCAAUAGGACUGGGAUUUCCCUUACUUUGACGGAGGUAUGGAAAUAAAACUCCCGGGUCUCAACACAGGGAACUUUCAUUUCCAUCUUCCCGGGGGAGAUAUUCACAUCACAGGGAAAUGGUUUAACUACGGCAUCAUAUUCAUUGUCAUGAUUCUGGAUCUAAAUAUGUGGAAGAACCAGAUCUUUUACGAGCCAUUUGUUUACGGUCAGUACACUGAUGAUGAGGAUUACAUUUAUACCGUUUCUGAUAGAGAUUUCUUAGCCAAUGCUACUGCGGAAACAUUGAGUUACGCUUGGCGUUGGUCACACAAUAAGCCACUGACAAACAAGACCUACGGCUUGGAGGAUCAAAAAAUGAACUCAAGAUACAUAGGAUAUGCUCUUAGCGCAAAAGGUACAGCGUUUAUCCCGUCUCUAUUUGCAUUUGCCAUGUUUGGAAUCCUUGUGAAGUGUUUUUCCAAAGGUGGACCUCCGCCGAAAGUGGCGCCUUCUGUCGAAAACGACACCACGGACGCCGCCGUCGAAGAGCGAAACAUAAACGAUGGAAUUACAAAUGAUGCAGAACUCACUUCAUCAAUGCCACAAAUUAGAGAAAGUCGUCAGUCAGUGGCAAGUUCCGAAAGCGUGUUUGAUGCCAAUAAAACCAAAAAUAUCGGCUCCUUCUUCAGCGUCGAUAGCUCACGUCAUGGUCUAAAUGCGCGACGUGAUGACCUUGACAGUUCACGCGAUAACUUGGAGAGUUCACGAGAUUUUCUGAAUAGUUCACGUGAAAACUUGAGCAGUUCGGCCGAUAACUUGGAAAGUUCACGUGAUGAUCUCCACAGUGCACGUGAUGAUCACGAAAGCUCUCGUGACGACCUCAGAAGCUCUGUUGAAAAUCUCGCAAUUUCACCGAAGGGCGUGGUGUCUGGCACCUCGUCUCGACCAGCCUGGUCAUUCGACUCUCCGCCAAAAACGACUGCAAGCAAGAAGGGAACUAAAUGCAGUGGCAGUUCUGACAUAGAAAAAACGAUUCAAAAUCCUCAGUGCUCUAAUGACGACCAAGAUAAAGAAAAUAUGGUGCAAGACUUUGUACAGCAGCUGUCCUUUUUGAACCUCGAAGGUGAAGACAAUCAAGCCACUAGUAAAGAUAAGGACUCAUCACCCGAAGAAAAUAAUCUUGCAGUGGAGAGCAAGGACGACAGAGCUUUGUCAUUUGGUGAGUUGUUUCGCCGAGAUCCUACCAGGUCAUCCAUGUCCCAACUCUCUGCUACUUCGUCUGAUGACGAAGACAGACAUGUAGACUCAAACACGGACGUCAAAAUAACGAAAAUUCUUUUCAAAUACCACGUAAAAAGUGAAUGA